UCCCACGUCGUUGACGAUGUUCCGGUCUACACCUUGUUGGGUGUUGGCAUGCAGUAGUGUAUAGGUUCCCCAGACCUCGGGAGCUGGAGAACAUCGAUAAGAAUACACGCUAUGCUUAAUGUAGCAUACCUACUUACCAGUUGCCGAAGCAUUUCCUGAAGUUGCCGCGUUUGUACGGCCCCCAACCUGCGUCGAGACUGAUCACAAUCGAGAACCCGAUUCCGAACGACUUGAAUAAAUCACUUGUCAGGAUAACGCUUCCUGCGACCCGGCGUACCAUGUGCAGGCUAUUCCCUUCUAGUCUUCAUUACCCAUCAUGACCAGUAGUAACGAUGCGGGAUAUCUUCUCCCCUGCUCCGCAUCCUUCAAAUGCUUCGACCGCUUCAGCAUCAUAGAUGACACAGAAGAUCUCGAGGACCCAGACGGACAAGUACCGUUUUGGCCGAUCCUCACUUCCUUGCUCAGAUCCACCCCGAUAGAAACACCAACACAGCUGGCCGAGCUCCUAGACACCAUCGCCGUCACCCUGCGCGGGAGCUCCGGACCAGCAGGCGACUACGGAUUCCUCAAGUCUUUCAUAAGUACAUUGGAGCCCGCAUUCUUCGGCACAUACUGGCCCUUAAUAGUCCAAUUCGCCCUCGAGCUCCCGGAGCACUUUCCCAGCGGAAUCCUUCCGGUUCUCGGCGCCGAAGGUACCACAUCUACUUUGGAGCUAAGCAGACGUCAAACAGCAUGCCUCGUGGUCCAUCAAUUCCUGUGUACCUUAUGUCCGCCGGCGUGGCGGGAGGAGUACUUCGACUUCAGCAUAUGGUAUGCCUCGGGCCAACGCCAUGAGCAAGCGUGCAGGAUAUAUCUAACCUGCCUAUUAACAUACCUGGGGACGUUCCUCUCUACGUCUGAUCAACAACAAGACGAUUGCCACGUGACUUACACCCUGGUAACCGCUGAGGCAGACUUCACGACAGUAGGUUCGUCACAGGCGCCUCUUAGUCCAAUCGAGAUUACGCUUGUAGACAACUACGAGACAUCUCCCGCCCAACUCGGCCUGCCCUCCGGCGCAGCCGUAGUCUCCGCAAACCGAUUCAUCGGCUUCGGACAAUCCGCAACACAAGAAGAAGUCCACGUCGGGAGCUCGCCAGCAUCAUGUCCAGCCGUUCUAAUCACGCCUCCGCUAGCGAAGAACCAAGUCCUCGUAGUAAGAGGCGCAGAAGCCGUGUUGAGCAUCACCGGACAGCGACGGAAUAUCACCGCAAUACCGCAAGAUACGAUUAUAUCUACAGAAUGGCGCGCUCGCACAAUGUUAUUCAUGGACGCGCUGGAACUCGACGUCGAAAGCGACGCGAGCGGUCUUCCGGAUUUAGUACCAGAGAAUCUCACGCGAGAAGUCAAUAAAGCCGCCAUUGCGUUCUCAUCAGGGAUGUACGAGGUUAUUUGUAGUCCGCUCUGGGGCUGCGGUGCCUUUGGCGGCGACCCCUAUGUUAAAGUCGCGCUGUUGUGGUGCGCUGCUUCUGCGGCUCAUACGUCUUUGAAGAUCAUCUGUGAUCGCGAGGCUCGCGAGAUCGUCUCGUCGUUGACUCGUCUUGUUACGGCUGUGAGAGGCCGAUUGGUGACGGCGCAGGACUUGAUGGGACUCCUUCGGUCUAUACCUAGAAAUACUGCGAGACUGCAGACGCUUGACUGGAUGGUAGAGCGAUUGGGCGCGUGAUGUCAUGCUAUGGACUUACUCGAGUCUGGCAUAUUGCCACCUGAAAACGUAGAAGAUUAAACCAAAGACGAUAGACUGCCAUAAUCAUAGCAGGUUAAGCCACUAAGCCUACUAUGACUUAACGCCUAUGC